AUGCUUCCCAUAUUAACAACAAUGAACAAACUCUCACAUAUAUUGCUGCUUUUGUUGCUAACACUCCGAUUAUCAAUGGCACAGGAAGUAUUCUCUUUUAAAGGAUGCUAUUCUCAAUCAGAUAUGAAUUCCCUAUCUUUAGAAUCCCAAGGGUCAUACUCUUAUCAAUCACCUUCUUACUGUCAGGGACUAUGUUCAAGUUAUGAAUUCUAUGCUUUAUCGGAUGGUGGCGAUUGCUAUUGUGGUAAGUCGUUGUCAAAACUAUUGAAAUUAUCUACAGUCGACACCAGUGAAUGUUCAACAAAUUGUAAUGGUUGGCCAGACGAUAAAUGUGGUGGACCAAGUGCAAUGGAUGUCUAUGGGGACGACGCUGCUUUAAUUGCAUCUGACACCGACUCAUCAUCAUCAUCAUUGUCAUCAUCAUCAUCAGAAUUUACUUCAUCGACUCACUCUAUGUCCAGUUCUAGUACUAGUUCAAAGAGUAGCUCUAGUAGUAGCAGUAGCUCUAGCACCAGCAGCAGCAGUAGUAGCAAGAGCAAAUCAUCCAGUUCAAUCAUGUCCUCUACAUCCACUGAUGAUGAUAGCAGCAGCUCUAGCUCAGGAACUUCAUCCACUUCGUCUUCUAAGAAGUCGUCAUCUUCGUCAUCUACAAAGUCUCCAACUACGGUCAUGACCUCGCUAGAAUAUACCACAAUGGUCGUUACACAAUCAGUGAUCUCUGCGUCUGAUCAAACCCCUGCUACAAUAUACGUCACAACAACAUCUUUGGUUCAAACAGUUGCUCCGACAGUCGAAUCAUUAAACAGUAAAAAUAGUUCCAACUCCAAGGGUUCAAGCCUGAGUGGUGGUGCAAUUGCCGGUAUUGUCAUUGGCGUUGUCUUCGGUACUUUGUUCUUAAUUCUAGCCAUAUAUUUCUUUUUCUUUCAUAAACGUAAUAGAAAAGAUAAUGACGCUGAUUUGGAAGAAACUAAACAUUAUCAACCUUAUUCGUUCGGUGAUGAAAAUGCUACGCCGAUUAUUUUACCACCUUCUUCAUCAACAUCAAAUUGGAGAAUUCCCUCAAGACAUAAUACUACAAAUACAAAUAGUCAUAGUAAUACUAAUUCAUCAUUUAGUAAUUUCUCGAUGCCUUUGAAAAAUGGUACUGACGUAUUAGACUCUACUUCUAACUCUACAAUGAAUAGAACAUCCAUGCAAAACUUAACUCCAAAAAUCAAGCAUCCAUCGACAGUGUUUGAAGAACCAAUACCGUUCGUUGAUGCAGGUAAUCAAAGAUUUAGUACCUCAUCACUUCCUGAUAUGAUGGAAGAAAGAGCACCUUUAAGAAUUGUUAAUCCUGAUAACAACAAUCCCCUCGUUAAACAUGAAACCAAUAAAUUGGAACAAUUUAUUAGUAAUAAUAACAAUAACUUCAACUUAGAUGAUAGUUAUGUCGAUCUAUCUAGAUCUUCAGAUGAUCAUUCAUAUAAUGAGAAAAUAUCUGAAAAUAGUUGA